CGAGGCGAGGCGAGGCGGGAGUGGCGCUGCCCCGGCCAUGCCGCCCAGGAAGCGCAGCAGGGACUCGGGGGUGGAGGCGGGCCGGGGCGCCCCGAGCCAGGCGCUCAAGAACCAGCGCAUCGGCCUCUUCCUGCGCGGCCUGCAGCAGCAGGCCAAGGAAAAUAUUCAGGAAAUGAAGAAAGAACUUGAUUCACUGAUGGAAGCAGCUGAAAAAGCUUUUAAAGUGGAGCUACUGAAGAUUCCAGUUGCUAUCAGAAAAAUGAAGAAGAAAGACUUGCUUAAUCUGCAAGGGAAGGCGGAGCCUGCUGCUGCGGCUGCUGUUGUAGGGAAUGAUUGCCUUGUAGAAGACUUGCCAAGGUCCAAAGUAGUGAGGACUGGCAGCAGAAAGGUAAAGGUAACUACAAUUGUUGAGUAUGAAGAUGAGAAGAAAGUGUCAACAAAGAUGCCCCAAAAGGCAUCUAAAACAAAAUCAUUGGUGACAGUUUCUGGCCUAAGCAGAAAACAAAACAACUCUCUUCCAAGGUCUAUGUGCUCUACUUCAAAUAUGAGGCAUGCUGUUAAGGCUCUUACUUCUGAUGCCACACCUAGAAACUACAGAACCAAUGCACGGGUUGCUAGAAGUUCUGGACUACCACAGACGGCUCACUUGAGGACUGCACCGUCCAGUGGAAAAGUCCACGGCAUGUUGUUAAGAAGCAACUCAGUGCCUCGGAAAAAAGCUGUUCCAUUUGUUAACAUACCUCUGUCAGAUGGACAGACACUCUCAACUGCUGGUGAAGACCUCCGUAACAUUAAUGUGGAGUUACUUAAUGAUGAUACAGUUCAGCAUAUUCAUAAUCUAGUGAGCCAGUUGACUAUAUUAUGUGGAAAGGCAACAGUUAAGCCAAGUUAAGAGACUUCUGUGAAGAUUCCAUUGUCUUUUGAUUUGAAGGAAUAUUUAUAGUGACUAGCCUUUUGUCUAGUCUGUUUAGAGAAUGUAUUUAACACUUUAAAUAAAGCUUUACAUCAAAUAAA